AUGUCCGGAGGCCUUAUGGAAAAAGUUUUCAUAGGCUUGGAUAAUGCGCCAGCCGCAUUUGAUAUAAAAUCACGGAUACUCGGACCUAAUGGAACCAAUUUGGAGUAUAUAAGAUCCGAGACUGGUGUGGUCGCUGUGUUGAAAAGUGAUAAGUUUGAACCAUUACAUCUCGCGUUGCACCACACGCGUUCGGAGGCUUUGGCCGCGGCUAGGUCGUUGGCGCAAAAUCUUAUAGAGACAAUACGGGCCGAAUUGGCUCAGUGGAGCGCCGCGCAGGCUGGUGGGCCGCCGCCUGCGCUUAAUGUUCCACCUCCCGCGCUAACAACUACCGCUGCGCCUCCACCCGUGCCCGCGCCUAUAGUAUCCGUCGCUCUAUCCAAUCCUACCACAUUAACCACAUCUACCCAACAAGUGGUACCACCAGUAGUGAGUGUAGCACCGGCCUCCACACCCCUAAUGACUGUCCGACAACCAACCGUAUUACAACUCCUGCCUCAACAACAAUAUGUCCUCAAUCAAGAGAGCGGGCAGCUCAUACCCAUCGUUCAGCCCGGCAUGCAAGUCUCAAAUACAAACUUCACAUCACUACCGAUAGCACAACAGCUGAACACAAUACAACAACCUAAUUUCGGAACACAGAUAGUUGAUAUAUCUAAUAUGCAGCCGGUAACUCAAUUAAGGCUUAGCGGUGUCCCGUCUUCAAUGUCGAUGUUAUUACCAAACGGUCUGUCCUUUCCACAAGCGACUUUAACCGGUGCUGACACGACAACUGUAAGUUCAGCGACCUCAACACCAGUGGUUUGUGCAGCACAGAGCACAAAUUCAUCACAGAAGAUUCUAUACACAGAAAAAGGUGAUAAAGAGGUCAAAUACCACAUCCAAGGAGCUGAGACAAUGCAAUGGACUGUUCCAGGAUCUCAAACAAUGUUGAUACCAUAUCAACAGUUGCAAGAUUUAACGUCAAACCAAACUGGAUUAGCCAAUUUACAACCACAGCAAUUCGUAUCUAUCGCGCCAGCAAAUAGUUUUCAACAGACAUCUCUCCCUCUAUCGGCACUUCAAUUACAACAAUUACAAACCACAGGAACUAUAAUGCAGUUUAAUCAAAAGCCAAUAGUGAGCAGUGCCUCAUUAAUAAAUAUUAUAUCAACUGGCCAAGCGUCCUCGCCACAAAUCAUAUCUAGUUCAACGCCGACUAAAAAUUCUGGUCAAGAAUCAAGAGGUCAGAAAAGAUUAUCAGAUGGAACUCCAAGUCAAUUACAAUUACGUCCCAUAGCACCGGCCGGGUCGCAUGUAAGCCAAGACAAGACAUCGUCGAGAGAUUCCCGCACGUGGACUACAGCUAGAGACAACACUAUUGUCAGUAUGGGAAUGAAAAUAAAUCCGGCUCACGGCACCAUUAUCCACGUUUCUUCAGGCCAGCAGACGAAUGUAUCAGCAUCAUCUGUAGCUCAAGACGGCACCGGAAUGUACAUUAAACAAAUCGACAGGAACGCUAUACAGAUACAAACGAGUAAAGACGGACAGAAACAGGAUCUAACCACCAAUAAAAUACAGAAUACAGCACAGAACUUGCAAAUGAUAACCGUACCACAGGGUAUGACGGUAUUGCAAAAUCCGUUGAACAUAAGCCAAAUGCCGACCGUGAUUGGUCAGCCAAAUAGCCAAGUGUACAUGAUACCAACGAACCAUCCAAGUCUCGUCCAAUCAGGACUACCGCCUGGUUUGAUCAGCCAACAGGUUCUACAACCGGGACAAAACGUAACGGUUAUGCAACCAAAUCAACUCGGCAUGCCGGGUGGAGUGCAAUACAACAUGCCAUUAAUGCCUAUGAACAUGCAAGCCAAUUCGCAAUACAUGCAAGGCAUAAACCUGAACGCGCAACUCUCAGCCCAGCAAUUGAAUGCAGCUUUAGCCGGGCAGCAGUUGGCUAACUCUAAUUUAGCCGUUUCCGGGACCAUACCUAUAGUACAAGCACCAACUGCGUCACCUAUGACGAACACUCAAACCAUACCAGUAUCUCAACCUCCACCGGUACAUCAAUAG